GGGGGGGGGGGAUGUCCGCGUGUUCCGCCGAGCCCGUCGGGGAGAGGCAGGAGGGAUGCGCGGCCGCGGGCGGUGCGAUGCACGGGGGGGUCGUGGAGCCCCGGGGCCGUGCCCGGGGAGCGGCUUUUGGGGACACGCGAGGGCCCUGAGCCCCGCCCACGGCGCAGAGGGGUUUCCUGGGGUCACAGCUGGGGAUGCUGGAGGUGCUGAUCCCGCAGCUCUGUGCGGAGCUGGGUGCUGCUGCACUCGGCAUCCUCCUUGGUGUCUUCAGCAAAAUGUGGUGCCCCAUCCCUGCAGGUGGAUGGGGCCCCGGGCAGCCUGAGCUGUGUGGGGCACCCAGAUUACAGCAGGGGUCAGAGCUGGGUGGGCUGUAAGGUCCCCUCCAACCUCAUCCCCCUUAGGGUUCGGGUUCUGUGCUUCUCCGCUCCGGCUCUGCAGCCCCACGGCCGCAGCAUCCCCCCCGUGUGGGGCUGCCAAGCUGUCACGGAGGGGCACAGCCGCCAGCCACCGCCUGGCACCGCCGGCAGCUGGCCCGUAUUCCUUGCAUCACCGAGGGCACGUGGUUUGGCUCAGCAGCGCGUGGGGACCACGCGAGUCCUCCCGCGUUGCCCCAUCCCGAGCAGCAGCAGCGCACGGCACCGAGAUCAGGGGGCACAAAAGCAGCAGCUCCAUCACAGCCACGGAGCUGCCGUGCUUUCUCCCCGGUCAGCACGGCGCUGGCUCCGUGCUCGGCCUCGCGGAGCUGCCGCGCUCAUUAGGCAGCGUUCUACCAAAGGUUACUUCAAGGUGCCUGAUGCAGCAGCUGCUGUGGUUCGGGGCCUCGGCGCUGCCUCUUGCUUCCAGGAGUGCCCUCCUGCCCUAGAGCUGGGGGCUGCUGCCACGCUGCUCCGUGUGCUGCAGGACGAGGCUUCUCUGCCGGGCUCCGAAAGCUGCAGGCACGGAGCUGCGCUUCUUGCAUCAGUUUGCAGCCCGGGGCUCGGGGUCGGCGCAGGUUUGGCUGCGGUUCUGCAGCCAGCUCAGCUGCAGGCUGCUUGGUGCUCAGCUCCCAGCCCGGGCUCCUGGGUUGGAGGGGUGACCUGGCCUUGUUUUGUGCCGCGUCUCUGUGCGAUGGUGCCGUGGGAAGGUGCUGGUGCUGGUGCACGGCUCCGGUUGGUGAGGGCAGCUCUCGUCCCGCUGCAGAAUGAGAGGGGUGGCAGAAAUCUGCUGAUGGCCGUGAGAUGUUUGGGAGCAGCACAGCAGCAGCCACGCUCCUUCCCUCCUGCAUCCCCGGGCGCAGUGAAGCAGCGGCUGCUUGCAGGUGUUGGUCCGAGGUCCGGUUUUGAGGAGCGCGUGGCCGAUCACCGAUGAGUUUUCCUCCUUUGGGGCCUGGGGGGGGAGCUGAGCCCCCAAAGAGGGCUGAGAAGGAAGCGCUUCCGAGCGGUUUGGCCGGGUUUUGCGUCUCGAGAUGAUGAAUUUCCUCAGCUUCAUGUUCAGUUCACAAGGCGCCCGUGGUCGCGCGGUGUUCGGGGCGCAUGGCAGCACCAGGUGCGGGGCAGCGGCUUCUGGGCUCCAGCAACCACCCUCGCUUGGGGUUUUUCUUUCCUAAGUCUUGAUUCCUCGCCCAGCCUGAGGUGUGCUCAGCAGCAGGAUGGGGCCAUGGCCUCGCUGCUUGGCUGUCCUCCUUAAGGCAGAGCUCUGCUCUAGGGCUCGGAUCGCUGCACGGUGCUGCGCCGUCUGCAGUCCGGGUGCACGGUGCUGAGGGCUCUCCCAGCCCGAUGAGAUCAAGCAGUGUUUUCUUUGGGGAUGCGCCGAAUCUCUCCGUCUCCGUUCACGAUUUUUUUUUGUGGUUGCUAUUUUCUUUUUUCUUUUCUUUCCAAUAGGAAACACAGACUGACAAGAACUCAAAGUGCCUUUUCCCCGGUCGUUUUCAGCCCCCUCUUCACAGGUGAAACGGUGUCACUGGUGGACGUGGACAUCUCUCAGCGAGGACUGAGCUCCCCUCACCCUCCAACUCCGCCGCCUCCUCCGCGCCGAAGCCUCAGCCUGCUAGAUGAUAUCAGUGGGACGCUGCCUACGUCUGUCCUAGUGGGUCCGAUGGGGUCUUCCCUGCAGUCUUUCCCUCUGCCUCCGCCUCCUCCGCCCCACGCCCCAGACGCCUUCCCCCGGAUCGUGCCCCUCCGACCGAUGGAGCCGGCGCCCACCCAGCCCACCCCGCACCUGCAGUGCCCGCUGUACCGCCCGGACUCGAGCAGCUUCGCAGCCAGCUUGCGAGAGCUGGAGAAGUGUGGGUGGUACUGGGGGCCGAUGAACUGGGAGGACGCAGAGAUGAAACUGAAGGGAAAACCAGAUGGAUCCUUCCUGGUCCGGGACAGUUCUGACCCCCGUUACAUCCUGAGCCUCAGCUUCCGAUCGCAGGGCAUCACCCACCACACCAGGAUGGAGCACUACAGAGGGACCUUCAGCCUCUGGUGCCACCCCAAGUUCGAAGACCGCUGCCAAUCCGUGGUGGAGUUCAUCAAGAGAGCCAUCAUGCACUCCAAAAACGGGAAGUUCCUUUACUUCCUCCGAUCCAGGGUUCCAG